AUGGCGAAACAAUCUGCGACAACCAAAGAAACCAACAAGGCUGCGGAGAAAGCUAAGAAAAUGAAGAAAUUGAGUGAAAUCAACACUCCUGAUGUACUAAAGAAAAAAUGUGCUAGCAAAGCAGUUGUCGUAAAAAUGAAGGAUGUGUGUCGAGUGAUCAACAGGUCUCCUGAAGGCGAUGUCAAGAAAAUGAAGAUGCUGAGUCAAGUCGAGACUCCUGACGUGCUAAAGAAAAAAUUUAGUGAUAAAACCAACGAGGCCUUGGAAACCAAGGCCAGGAAAAUGAAGAGAUUGAGUCAGGUCAAGACUCCUGAUGUGCUGAAGAAAAAAUUCGAGGUUCAAGAGAGGAAGAUGAAGAAGGGAAAAACUUCGAAGCUUGCUGCAACUACGAAGAUUUACAAGUAA